AUGUCUGACGAGCGUAUUACUGAGAAGCCACCUCAUCAGCAACCCGAUUCUGAGGGGGAACCAGUCCCAGAAGAAGAAGUUGAAGAGGAAACUGAAGAGGAAGUUCCAGAUGAAGAAUCUGAAGAUGAUGAUAUUGAUGGAUUGAUCGAUGAACUUCAAUCCCAAGAAGCACACGAGGAAGAAGAGGAAGAAGAUGGUCCUGCUGCAGCUGGUGAAGCUAGAAAGAUCCCAGAAGAAUUGUUGCAGACUGAUCCUUCUUUCGGUUUAACUUCCGAUGAAGUUGUUAACAGAAGAAAGAAGUACGGUUUGAAUCAAAUGCGUGAAGAAUCUGAAAACUUGGUUGUCAAGUUUUUGAUGUUCUUCAUCGGUCCAAUUCAAUUUGUUAUGGAAGCCGCUGCUGUUUUGGCUGCCGGUUUAGAAGAUUGGGUCGAUUUCGGUGUUAUCUGUGGUUUACUGUUCUUGAACGCUGGUGUUGGUUUCAUUCAAGAAUUCCAAGCCGGUUCUAUUGUCGAGGAAUUGAAGAAGACCUUGGCAAACACUGCUACUGUUAUUAGAGAUGGUUCCGUUCAAGAAGCACCAGCUAACGAAAUUGUUCCAGGUGAUAUCUUGAAGUUGGAAGAUGGUACCGUUAUCCCAGCUGAUGGUCGUUUGGUUACUGAGGAAUGUUUCUUGCAAGUUGACCAAUCUUCCAUUACUGGUGAAUCCUUGGCUGUUGACAAACAUUACGGUGAUGAAGUUUUCUCCUCUUCUACUGUUAAGAGAGGUGAAGGUUUCAUGAUUGUUACUGCUACUGGUGACAACACUUUUGUCGGUAGAGCUGCUUCUUUGGUUAAUGCUGCUGCCGGUGGCCAAGGUCACUUUACUGAAGUGUUGAACGGUAUUGGUGUUAUUUUGUUGGUUCUUGUUGUCAUUACUUUGUUAUUGAUCUGGACUGCUUGUUUCUACAGAACCGUCCGUAUUGUUCCAAUUUUGAGAUACACUCUAGGUAUCACCAUUGUUGGUGUUCCAGUCGGUUUGCCAGCUGUUGUUACCACUACUAUGGCUGUUGGUGCUGCUUACUUGGCUAAGAAGCAAGCUAUUGUUCAAAAGUUGUCUGCCAUUGAAUCUUUGGCAGGUGUCGAAAUUUUGUGUUCUGAUAAAACCGGUACUUUGACCAAGAACAAGUUGUCUUUGCACGAACCAUACACUGUUGAAGGUGUUUCUUCUGAUGACUUGAUGUUGACUGCCUGUUUGGCCGCUUCCAGAAAGAAGAAGGGUUUGGAUGCUAUCGAUAAGGCUUUCUUGAAAUCUUUGGCUCAAUAUCCAAAGGCCAAGGGUGCUUUGACCAAGUACAAGGUUUUGGAAUUCCACCCAUUUGACCCAGUCUCCAAGAAGGUUACCGCUGUUGUUGAAUCUCCUGAAGGUGAAAGAAUUAUCUGUGUUAAGGGUGCUCCAUUGUUCGUUCUAAAGACUGUCGAAGAGGACCACCCAAUUCCAGAGGAUGUCCAUGAAAACUACGAAAACAAGGUCGCCGAAUUAGCUUCCAGAGGUUUCAGAGCCCUUGGUGUUGCUAGAAAGAGAGGAGAAGGUCACUGGGAAAUCUUGGGUGUUAUGCCAUGUAUGGAUCCUCCAAGAGACGAUACUGCUGCUACUGUUAACGAAGCUAAACGUUUAGGUCUAAGUGUUAAGAUGUUGACUGGUGAUGCUGUUGGUAUUGCUAAGGAAACCUGUAGACAAUUGGGUCUAGGUACCAACAUCUAUGACGCUGAGAGAUUAGGUCUAGGUGGUGGUGGUUCCAUGCCAGGUUCUGAAAUGUACGAUUUUGUUGAAAAUGCUGAUGGUUUCGCUGAAGUUUUCCCUCAACACAAGUUUGCUGUUGUUGACAUUUUGCAACAAAGAGGUUACUUGGUUGCCAUGACUGGUGAUGGUGUUAACGACGCUCCAUCUUUGAAGAAGGCUGAUACCGGUAUUGCCGUCGAAGGUGCUACUGAUGCCGCCCGUUCUGCUGCUGAUAUCGUUUUCUUGGCUCCUGGUCUAUCUGCUAUCAUUGAUGCUCUAAAGACUUCUAGACAAAUUUUCCACAGAAUGUACGCGUACGUUGUUUACCGUAUUGCCCUAUCUUUGCACUUGGAAAUCUUCUUGGGUCUAUGGAUUGCUAUUUUGAACCACUCCCUAGAUAUUGAUUUGAUUGUUUUCAUUGCUAUUUUCGCUGAUGUUGCUACUUUGGCUAUUGCCUACGAUAAUGCUCCAUUCUCUCCAAGCCCUGUUAAGUGGAACUUACCAAGAUUAUGGGGUAUGUCCAUUAUGAUGGGUAUUAUUUUGGCUGCUGGUACUUGGAUCACUUUGACCACUAUGUUCUUGCCAAAGGGUGGUAUCAUCCAAAACUUUGGUUCCAUUGACGGUAUUUUGUUCUUGGAAAUUUCUUUGACCGAAAACUGGUUAAUUUUCAUUACUAGAGCCGUUGGUCCAUUCUGGUCUUCUAUCCCAUCUUGGCAAUUAGCUGGUGCAGUCUUCGUGGUUGAUGUGGUUGCUACUAUGUUCACUUUGUUCGGAUGGUGGUCUCAAAACUGGACUGACAUUGUCACUGUCGUCCGUAUCUACAUCUGGUCUAUCGGUAUUUUCUGCUGCUUGGGUGGUGCUUACUACUUGAUGUCUGAAUCGGAAACUUUUGAUAGAUUGAUGAAUGGUAAGCCAUUGAAGGAAAACAAGUCUACCAGAUCUGUUGAAGACUUCUUGGCUUCUAUGAGAAGAGUCUCUACUCAACACGAAAAGGGUAACUAA